GCUACCUAUAACUUCCUCACUUAGCUUGUUAAUUAUUACAUGCGUCGCCUUUGAAUAUAGAUUUCUAUUAGCUUACAUGGAGUUUCCUUUGCUUCCCAUUUUUCUUUUAUUUUGUUUUCUUCUGAAGGGAAGUGAUACGUCUCAACUGCCUGCAGAGAUGUAUUGGCAAUCCAUGCUACCAAACACUCCGAUACCGAAAGCUCUAUACAAUCUUAUACAGCCUAGAACUCAAAGUAAUUUCUCAGAAGUAGAGAUUGAUGUUGGACGCCUCGGACAAGUACCCAGAAGGGCAGACUACGGAGUUGGAUAUGUGAAUAACGAUGCUCAUCAAAAGAGUAAUGUAGAAAAUUCUACUACUGUAUAUUUUUUAUAUAAUGAUCUCUUUCCUGGUAAGAAGAUGAUGCUUGUUUUCACCAAGUCGACAAACGGGUCCAAUUUCUUGCCGCGUAAAAUUGCAGAAACGAUACCCUUUUCAAGCAAUAAAUUUUCAGAAAUUUUGAACUACUUUUCAAUAGAACCUGCAUCAAAACAAUCUCAAAUUGUGAAACAAACAAUUGAAGAAUGCGAGGCACCAGGAGUUAAAAGAGAAGAGAAGUAUUGUGCUACAUCUUUAGAAUCGUUGGUUGAUUUUGUCGUUGCAAAAUUUGGUAAAGAAGUCCAAGCACUUUCUAAUGAGGCAGAACAAGAGGAUAAGGAACAAAAAUAUACCAUUUUAAAGGAGAUCAAAAUGAUGGGAGACGAUCAAAUAGUAUGUCAUAAGAAGAGAUACACUUAUGCUGUAUUCUAUUGCCAUAUAAUCAUGGCUACAAAGGCUUACUUGAUUCCAUUAGUGGGUGACAAUGGCUCCAAAGCUAAAGCAGUUGUCGUUUGCCACACAAAUACAUCAUCUUGGAACCCGGGGCACUUCGCUUUCCAGGUCCUAAAAGUUAAGCCUGGCGGACCUCCAAUUUGUCAUUUCCUUAACACUGAUACUAUUGUAUGGGUACCUAACUAAAUUUAGGAAACGCUAGCUUUAUACUCUAAAGUGAGCAAUUGUAGUUAUGUACUUGGCAAUAAUUCGAGAAAUGAUAAUAUAAUUAUCAGUAUUGUAUUGUAUGUUGGAAUUUGCUAUCAAAUGUCCACGUUCCGCAAUUUCUUGUAAAUCUACCCAACUCAACUUGACCAAGUAUUAAUUAGUUCCAAUCUAGUUGGGAAUUAACUUUUUUUUUU